UCAUCGUUGCGAUAUCCUAGCACUUCUCACAACAUGUCGCUUUGCAAGGACUGUGUUACCGGCGUCACCCACGAAGGCGAGCCUACAGGUACCAUUGAGCAAAUCAAUGGCGUCAAGACAUAUGUUGCUCUCCCACCGGCUGGGAAGUAUGAAACUUCAAAGGCGGUUCUCUUCCUACCAGAUGUGUUUGGUCUAGAGCUUGUCAAUGCCCGUCUUUUGGCGGAUGACUUUGCAAAGAACGGUUACCAGACAUAUAUUCCGGACUAUCUCAAUAGCGACCCUAUUACUAGUCUGGAUGGCUCGGUUGACUUCCAGGCCUGGUUUGCAAAUCAUGGUCCUGAACAAACAAGGCCGUCACUCGACAAAGUCAUUGCUGGACUUAAAGAGCGUGGUAUCAAGGAAUUCGGUGCUACAGGCUACUGCUUCGGUGCUCGUUAUGUGUUUGACCUGGCUUUCGACAACGGUAUCAAGGUUGGCGUUGUGUCCCAUCCGUCCCUCUUGAAGGUGCCAGAGGAUCUUGAGAAGUUCAAGGCAACCGGAGUACCCUUGCUCAUUAACUCUUGUGAGGUUGACCAAAUGUACCCGCCUGAGAGUCAGAAGAUCGGUGAUGACAUCCUUGGUGGCGGCAAGACGGAGACGGAAAAGUACAAGCGCGAAUAUUUCGCGGGGUGCGUGCAUGGUUUCGCAGUCCGUGGAGAUCUCAGCAAGCCAGAAGUAAAGGCCGGAAAGGAGGGGUCGUUCUUGAAUGCAAUUCAGUGGUUCCACAAGUUCCUGUGAAAAUUCGAACAACUUUCCGUGUAAAUUAAAUAUGUUGAGUAAAGAUCAUGAAUACCUAUCUUAAAUACGUUUCCAAGUAGGUUUGUUCUGC